AUGGCAGACAGGAACGGAGCUCACUCGGUCAAAUCGGCAUAUAAAGUGUUAAGUGCAGCAGCAACUACCUCCUCCCAGCGUGAGGUCUGCCUUGAGCUCCCACCAAUCUGGAAAGCUCGAGUGUCGUUCAAAGCAAAAACUGUGACGUGGAGAAUAUUUAAAGGAAGGCUUCCAACCUGCGACAACCUUCUUAGAAGACAGGUACCUCUUUCGGCUUCGGAUGUCCUGUGCACGGCGUGUGAAGAGGAAAAUGAAUCGGUUGAGCAUUUCUUUUUCGUGUGUAAAAGAUCAUGUGAAUUGUGGGAUGCCAUUCUUCUUUGGAUUGGAAAAUAUACAGCUCUGCACCACAAGGCCAGUGAGCAUUUUGCGACUUUUAGCAACAUUGGAGAUUAA